GUAACCGGUAAUUAUUCAAAGAAUUGUUUGUGUUUAAAGAGCCUUGUUUUUGUAGAAUAGUAAAUAACAUAUUUAAAACAAUGCCAUUAACAGCAGAGAUAGCUGCCCAACAAAUACAGGAACGGCUUAAGGAUAUACAGCAUUUGAUACACGAAAUUGACGAUGAACGUCGACGCUCCGAAGCAAAUAUAAAUAGUUUAAAUAGGGCUCACCAAAGUAAUUUACCCGCUCAGAAAAUUAAAAGUUUGCACAAAACUUGUUUACAAGAUGCUACUAUCGAAGAAGACAGCAUUCGAAAAGCCCUAGAUAAAAUUCAAGAAAUCCGAAAUAUACGAAAUGAACGUCGGAUACAAGCUCGUAAUGCUGGAAAUAAAGAGGCUAUAAGAAGGGGAGCUCUAAUGAAAAUGGUACAGAUUUCAGCGCAGACAUUGCCGUUAUUUGUAAGCAAACCUGGAGAAAAGGUGCCACCUCUUUGUGGUGCUAUACCUUCAGAAAGUCAUUACAUUGCUAAAGUUGGUGAUAAUGUAGCAGCAUUAGUGAAAGGUGUUGAAGACGAAGAAAACUGGAUAUUAGCGGAGGUUGUUCAAUUUUUAAGUCGACAGAAUAAAUACGAUGUGGUGGAUAUUGAUGAAGAGCAGAAGGAUAGACAUGUUUUAAGUAAGAGAAAAGUUAUACCUUUACCCUUGAUGAGAGCAAAUCCAGAAACAGAUGGCCAUGCACUUUUCCCAAAAGAUACAGUUGUUAUGGCACUAUAUCCACAAACUACAUGUUUUUAUAAGGCCAUUAUUCAUAGACUUCCGCAGACUGCUACUGAAGACUAUGAGGUUUUAUUUGAAGAUUCCUCUUAUACGAAUGGUUACGCCGAACCAUUACCUGUGGCACAACGUUACGUUAUUGCAUACAAACCUACAAAAAAAAUUGGAAGUACUGCUAGUGGAGGAAGUGGUAGCAUUUCUUCGGCUUAAUCUGUGGAAAUUUAUACAUUUAUUGAAAUAUAAACGAAUAAAACAAAGUAAAUCUUA